AUGAGUCCUCCUACAACAGCUACUCCUACCAAUCCUACCGGUGUUAAUCCUGCAUCCGAGAAGAAAGGGAUUAAGCCUUUUGUUGUUAAACUGGGUUUUGCUCUUGCUCUCUCUUUUGCUGGAUUCUUACUCUCCCAUAUCUAUUAUCGCCGUUGCUCGAAACGUCCUUCAGUGAAAGCUGAAGCAGGUGGCAAGGGCCUCAAAGACGAGCUUCACAUUCUGAGAAGUGAAGAAGCUUUGGCAAAGAUUAUCAAUGGCACUUCCACCACCACUACAACCACCACGACCACCACCCAUUUCAUUGGUCUCUCACCGACGAGUAAGAGCUCUGAAGAUGAUGGAUUUCUUCUUCCUGAGUUCAAUGACUUAGUUUUUAAAGAAUUUGAGGGAACACCAACCAAUCUAACACCAAAGAAGGGAGAAUCUAAAGGAGAGAUGGCAAUGGAACAGGAAAUAGCACAGCUUAAAAACUUGGUGCUGUCCUUAAGAGAAAGGGAGAGAAGCCUCGAGCUCCAAUUGCUCGAAUACUAUGGAUUACAAGAGCAAGAAGCAAUUAUGAGGGAUCUUGAAAGCCAAGUGAAGAUGAACACUAUGGAAUCGAAGAUUUUCUCGCUAAAGAUUGAAGCUUUGCAGGCUGAGAAUCAGAGGCUUCAAGUUCAGCUGUUUGAUUGCUCGAGAACCAUGAAUGAGCUUGAGAAUGCAAGAUCAACGGUCAAGUAUUUGAAGAGGAAGUUGAGAACUGAUGGAGAGGAGAUGAAUGAGAAAAUGACUGGACUUCAAAUGAAGAUUUCUAUGUUGCAGAGUAGGGUAGAUUUGGAUGAGAGAGAUCAUGAGGCUUUCGAAAGGAAGUUGAAGAGGCUGAAGGAAUUGGAAGAUGAGGCCGUGAAUCUCAGAAUGCUUAAUUCUGAGCUGCAACAGGAGAAUUUGGAAUUGAGCAGGAAGUUGGAAAAGUCGCUUCUUGAGGGUCAAGAGUCUGAAGCUCUGGAGGAAGUCAGGCACUUAAGAGAAGAAAACAACAAGCUAACAAAGGAAAUGGAGCAACUUCAAACCGAUCGUUGCUCCGAUUUAGAGGAAUUAGUCUAUCUCAGAUGGGUCAAUGCUUGCCUCCGCUACGAGGUAAGAAACUAUCAAGCUCCUCCAGGAAAAACAGUAGCAAGAGACCUGAGCAAAACAUUAAGCCCAAAAUCAGAACAGAAAGCCAAACAGCUUAUAGUUGAGUAUGCUCAUUCUGAUGCUGAUGAAAAAAGAUUGCACCCUGUCGAUUCUGACAUAGACUAUUAUUCUUGUUCUUCAAAUUACACAUCAAAAAGUUCUUCGAGCAAAUCAAAGUUUCUUCGUAAGCUCAAGAAGUUGGUUUUGGGAAAAGAUGCUCAUGGUGGUAAUAAUAAAGCUUCGUUAUUGACAGAGAGAAGCAGGAUAAGUUGUUCUGAUUCUGAAAAGAGAACAUCUUUUUCGAGUUAUUCUGUUGAUGAUACUAUUGGCAGGGUUUCAUGUAAUAGUUCAUCUCCAUCGAUAACUGAGUCUAAUGGGAGUCAGUCUUUAGAUAUACAAAGCGAACGGCAUAAUUUCAAUAUUGAUAGGUCGUAUAGCCAUCAAACCAUGAGCUCUUUGGUUGAGAGAUCGACAGGUAAUCAUCAGAAUGAUUUGAGUUAUGAUAAGUCCACUGAUAGUCCUGAGAAGAUUGAGCUCAAGAAAUUUGCUGAAGUGUUGAGAAAAACCUGAGUGGUUCUGAAAAGGCGAGAGAUUGGCAUCUUCAAUGUACAUGAUAUCUUCCUUCUCGUAGGUCAAUAGCAUAACAGAUAAUUGUAAUCUGCUAACAAAGUAAUGUGAUAUGUGAUUUUAUUUGAAAUGUAGUUUUAUACCA